GCUUGCUUUCGUCGCCCGCGCAGCGGAUCCGCUCGCCUGCUUUCCAGCAGCAAGCAAGCAACCUCUUCGCCGGAACAACGUUCCGCGGACGUCAUCGCGACGCAACCCACGCCCGACCGCUCAAGUCCCAGGUGCCUACAUUAAGUAUUGUAUGCGACGAUGUGACUUCGGGAUGCUCACAGUUGCCGCUUGACAGGAUCCCCUUUUCGCCGGCGCAGCGCCUCCAAAAAAACGCCUGCUUGAGCAUCCAUCCACACACGCUGCCCUGCCCGGACCAUCACCGUCAUGUCUCCAGCCGCCUCGCCCACGCCGGACGCUGCCAGUGCCGCGACCCCGGAGGUGGCGCCAGAGUCGCCCGCGCACGCCAAAGGCCAGUCUCCGGUCGCAUCGCCAUCGCCGUCAUCCUCCGUCGCCGCCGCCGCCGCCGCCUCGGAAGGCGCGGCGCCCCGCGACGACAAGAUGGCGAGGCCGGAUGACGCGCCGCUUCCCGAGGACACUUCUGAUGCAGACUCUUUGGAAGAGGGCGAGACGGAAGACGAUCCUCCGCUUCCCCAAGAGCCGUUGCCCGAGGGCCCUCCGCUCCCCAACGAGCCCGUUCCCGGAUCUCAAGACGACGGUUGGGAGUGUCGCUGGGAGGCAACGUACCAGUCUUGGUACUUUGUAAACCGAUUCACGGGCGCCUCGCAAUGGGAUAACCCGAGGGUGGCCGCUGGCUCCUCCUCAUCUUCCGGCGCCGCCGCCGCCGCCGCCGCCGCCGUCGCACCCAGCGCGCCCCAGCCGCCCGUCAACGAGAUGCCUCCCGCUGGUGGCUACAAUCCGGCCAUCCACGGCGACUACGAUCCCAACGCCUGGUACGCGCAGGCCUACAAGCAGGAGGAGGAGGCGCGCGACGCCGCUGUUGCCGCCGCGGCUUUACCCCCGGAGGCGACGGUAGAUGGGUAUGGUGUGUCCAUGGGUUUCAACCGCUGGAACGGCCAGGCUCAGUCCGGCGACAUGGGCCCCGGCCGGCACAGCGACGAGGCCAAGUCGCGGCGCCAGAUGAACGCCUUCUUUGACGUCGACGCCGCCGCCAACCAGCACGACGGCCGCAGCCUCAAGGCCGAGCGCCAGAACCAGCGCCUGAGCAAGUCAGAGCUCAAGGCCUUCAAAGAGAAGCGACGCGCCCGGAAGGAGGAGAAGCGCAGGGCGUGGCUCUUGGAUUAGCUGCCUCUCCUUUUCCUGAGGCAUAUUCUCUCCGUCCACUCACAUGAACCGUAUCUGCAUAUCGUGCCGGGAGCAGGCUCUUCUCUUUUCGCCAAUCAUACUUGGGACGGGAUUUUUUUUUACUCGGGUUAACAGGACUCUCUCUGACGGGGUCCAACUGGCGUUUACGUGUGGGUUUGGGACAAAGACACAGCGAGCCGGGAGGCAACGGGUUUUCCGGUUUGCUUUUAGACGUUUUGGGGACUGCAAACAUUUGGACAGUCAGUCGCCUCGGUAGCCAAGCCGUGCACGCUCAUCGCAGUGCCGCAUUUCUGCGGGAUGAAUACCCGAGACGGGGGGUCAUAGACGCCCAUCCACAUUACUUAGCUGCAUAGUAUAAAUGCAUCGUCUAAUAUGCC